AUGAAAUUAGAUGCCAUAGAAUUGACGGCAAAACUAUUGAUAGAUUUGGACGAAAAGAUAGAGAAAAGUCUGGAAACGGACACAACUGUGAAGACAGUGAAUAAGUUCUCGCAGCUCUAUAUCCCUCCCAAUGAGAAUGAAAUCGCGAGCGUUAGGGAAGAAAAGUUUUCCGAAGUGUUGCGCGAUUUGGCAAAAAUGGAGACUCAGAUCCAGGAGGCCAUCAGACAGGCGCAGGUCAACCGACGCUACCAACUGGUGGCCCGAUUGCGACCGCUUCUCAAUUACGUGACGCAUAUCCGAAGAAAUAUGGAUUUGCUUCGCAACCGAAUGGUUGCCGUCACCACUCUCUCCACCAUUGCCUUCACUGUCAAUGAAGUGGUCGACCAGUUUGGAGAUGUCAUGACCAGCAGCUUCGGAAUGCCCGGCGGUGUAGUCGUACCCGGAGAUAGAGACCGUGUGGCCGUGAAUGACAUGAAAUUAGAUGCCAUAGAAUUGACGGCAAAACUAUUGAUAGAUUUGGACGAAAAGAUAGAGAAAUGUCUGGAAACGGACACAACUAACGAAAUCGCGAGCGUUAGGGAAGAAAAGUUUUCCGAAGUAUUGCGCGAUUCGGCAAAAAUGGAGACUCAGAUCCAGGAGGCCAUCAGACAGGCGCAGGUCAACCGACGCUACUAA